AAGAACGAGGGCUCAGGCAUCUGCGAGUACCCGACGUUAAAUAUACGCACGUCGGUGGAACGGUUUAUUGUUUCUUUUCCACCGUGAUUCUUCUCCGGCUCUCCUCCGCCCGCGACGAACCUCGGCGAGAAGGAAUUGCUUCCCAAUAAUGACAGGCGGCGACGGAGAAAGAGGUCGCCCGAUGAAGAAGCUGAAGGCGACUCGUAUUAUGGAAGAAGAGGAUUUCGAUGACUAUGGGAACGAUUUCGACGAAGAUACCCGAGACGGUGUUAAGAGUGAGAGGGAGAUUAAGAAGAGGGAUUUCACCCAACUGGAGCUGAAGCCUGAUCACGUGAACAGGCCUCUCUGGGCCUGCGCUGAUGGCCGGAUCAUUCUGGAAACGUUCUCGCCUCUCUACAAGCAAGCCUACGAUUUCCUAAUCGCUAUCGCCGAACCUGUCUGCAGACCGGAAUCGAUGCACGAGUAUAAUUUGACGCCACACUCUCUCUAUGCUGCGGUUUCUGUGGGUCUGGAAACUGAGACCAUUAUUAGUGUCUUGAACAAGUUGUCGAAAACUAAGUUGCCAUCUGAGAUAAUAGACUUUAUCCAUGGAUCGACGGCUAAUUAUGGAAAAGUUAAGCUUGUGUUGAAAAAGAAUCGAUAUUUUGUUGAGUCACCAUUUCCAGAGGUAUUGAAGAGAUUGCGCAAGGACAACGUUAUAUCUAAGGCUCAGAUUAAUUUUGAGGAUUCACACGGUGUCCAUGAAGACUUAUUGAAUCAGGCUGAGUUAGCUACUACAAUAGAGGAGAAGGAAACUCAUUCCUUUGAGAUAGACCCUUCUCAGGUGGAAAAUGUGAAGCAACGAUGUUUGCCUAAUGCACUAAACUAUCCUAUGCUCGAGGAAUAUGACUAUCGAAAUGAUACAGUGAACCCUGAUUUGAAUAUAGCAUUGAAACCUCAAAAACAUGAAAGACCGUAUCAACAAACAAGUCUCAGUAAGAUGUUUCGCAAUGGACGAGCCAGGUCUGGUAUCAUUGUGUUACCUUGUGGCGCUGGGAAAUCUCUGGUGGGUGUUUCUGCUGCUUGCCGUGUAAAAAAGAGUUGCCUUUGCUUGGCUACAAACGCCGUUUCUGUGGAUCAAUGGGCUUUUCAGUUUAAGCUCUGGUCCACCAUAGAAGAUGAUAACAUAAGCUGCUUCACAUCUGAUAAUAAAGAAAAAUUUCGUGGGUUGGCUGGUGUAGUUGUGACCACCUACAACAUGAUAGCUUUUGGUGGGAAGAGAUCGGAGGAGUCUGAGAAAAUCAUUGAAGAAAUACGAAAUAGAGAAUGGGGACUACUACUUAUGGAUGAGGUUCAUGUUGUUCCAGCACAUAUGUUUCGUAAAGUAAUUAGCAUCACCAAAUCUCAUUGCAAACUUGGACUUACUGCAACACUUGUGAGAGAAGAUGAACGAAUCACAGACUUGAAUUUUCUUAUUGGACCAAAGCUGUAUGAGGCAAACUGGUUGGAUUUGGUAAAAGAAGGAUUUAUUGCUAAUGUUCAGUGUGCUGAAGUCUGGUGUCCUAUGACCAAGGAGUUUUUUGCAGAAUAUUUGAAGAAAGAGAAUUCAAAGAAAAAACAGGCACUAUAUGUGAUGAAUCCGAAUAAAUUCAGAGCUUGUGAAUUUCUUAUUCGCUUUCAUGAGCAGCAACGCGGAGAUAAAAUUAUUGUUUUUGCUGACAAUUUGUUUGCACUGACUGCGUAUGCAAUGAAGCUCCGAAAGCCCAUGAUCUAUGGUGCAACCAGCCAUACUGAGAGAACUAGGAUUCUUGAAGCUUUCAAGAUUAGUCGUGAUGUUAAUACAAUCUUCUUGUCCAAGGUUGGUGACAACUCAAUUGAUAUUCCAGAAGCCAAUGUGAUAAUACAGAUUUCAUCCCAUGCUGGUUCACGACGUCAGGAAGCUCAACGUUUGGGUCGUAUUCUUAGGGCUAAGGGGCGACUGCAAGAUAGAAUGGCAGGUGGAAAAGAAGAAUACAAUGCUUUCUUCUAUUCCCUUGUUUCCACGGAUACUCAGGAAAUGUAUUACUCUACUAAAAGGCAGCAAUUCUUAAUUGAUCAAGGGUAUAGCUUCAAGGUAAUCACCAGCUUACCACCUUCUGAUUCAGGCGCUGAACUCAGUUAUCACGGCCUUGAUGAGCAAAUCGAACUACUGAGCAAGGUGCUGAAUGCUGGGGAUGACAUGGUGGGUCAGGAGCAGUUGCAGGAGGAUUCAGAUGAUAUAACUGCUAUCAAGAGCAAGCGUUCUGCGGGCUCAAUGAGUGCUUUCUCUGGAGCAAAUGGAAUGGUCUAUAUGGAAUACACCACUGGGAAGAACAAGCAAGGACAUGGUUUGAAAUCGAAACCAAAGGACCCAUCAAAGAGACACACGUUGUUCAAAAAGCGAUUUGCUCCUUGAAUGUUCAUCCAAUAAAUGGUAUUCUUCGUUGGUUUAGAUGCCAUUGCUUCCGCGAGUAAUUUGGGCACUCGAGCCUCAUAUUGCGAUUCCGGCUAGAGAAACUUGGAAUAGUGAAGUAUAUAAGCAGUAGUUAUUUAUGGGUUCGAUUCCAAAGCUUCAAGCCAAGUGAAAGGUGUGUUCUGAGAGUUUAUACCAGCCAAAAGAAAAUAAUAGCAUCUUUUGGAAAAACUUGUAGUGGUGUCUGUAUAAGGAUAUCUUGGAACCAAUGCGUGCAAAUUUUAUACAUUGCGAAUAUGUAAAAUUUCUAAAUCGACGACUUAAUUUUUAGAAUGCCUCUUUUUAUACACUUCAAAAA